CCAAAUUCAGAACAACUUGGAGAAAAGCACACUACUGCCAUUCCUUAUGAAGACCCACAUAGAAGUGGUUUCCCAUCAUUGGAAGAAACUUCAAGGUUGCAUGACGUGCAUAUCCACAAAUCCUGAGUUGUUCUCGUCCAGUGUGUCUUAUGAUCAAAGCUCUGUCGUUAAUGUUUUAGUCAUUUCAGGAUUAUGCAAUGGAACAAGGUUGGUCGUAACCAAACUGGGAAAGCACAUGUUGGAAGCCAAAGUGAUAACAAGAAAAGCUAUGGGAGAUAAGGUUUACAUUCCUAGAAUUCCAUUGUCACUAUCAGAUACGACAAUGUCAUUCAAUUUUUAGAGGAAGCAAUUCCCUGUGAUGAUAUGCUUUGUGAUGACAAUAAAUAAAAGUCAAGGUCAAACGUUAACACAUGUAGGUUUAUACCUUAAGCGACACAUUUUCACUCAUGGUCAAUUGUAUGUGGCAAUAUUAAGGGUAAGGAGCAGAGAUUGUCUGAAGAUAUUCAUUCAAAAGAAA